AUCUCAGAGUGUACAAUGACGGUGGUGGUGUGUACGCAGGCGUUCCCGACCAAGCUGAGGACCAUGUGUAUCUGCCUCUCCGAGGUCAUCUUCAUGGAAGGCUUCAUGCGCAAGAUCUACAACUUUAUCAACGGCCUGGAGGUGCUGCACCUGGUUGGUACGUAUGAGAAGGCAGACGAGGAGGAGGAGGAGAUUUACGAGGUGAUCAACAUUCACAAACUCAAGUCAGCCACACCUAACCUGAAGAUUGUCAACCUCUAUGGUAUCAACUUUGUUGAUGACUCUCACGUUGAAGCCUUUAGUUCCAACUGUAUCCAGCUGGAGUGUAUGGCUGUCAACUUCUGUUCCAAGGUUAAUGGUUCCUCGCUGAAGAUCCUCUUGAACAGGUGUAAGAAGCUCAAGUGUCUCUUGAUGCAGCAGUGUAGUCUGCAGAACGAGCACGUGAUGGCAGCUGAGUGGGAGAAGUCAGCAGUGCAGGAGCUAGACAUCACAGCCACUGACAUCUCUACAGACUGCAUCAUUGACCUCCUCACUAGAGUGCCAGCACUCAGGUGGCUCAGUGCCGGCCAACUAGAUGGCUUCACGGACGGUGUGUUGAAGGCAUGGACUGAACGGGGAAACAUUAAGAGCCUGAUAGCUCUGGACCUGGACCUGUGUGACAACCUGACUGAGGAAGGUCUCUACAAGUUCCUGGCCAGGUACGGCCAGAACCUGCGAGGUCUAGUUCUCUCUGGCAUCCCUCAGUGCACUGACUCCCUCUGCUCCAACGUCAUGCCUGCCCUCAAGAACAUCAAGAUUUUGCGAAUGGGGUUGACGGAGAACUUGGCAUACCGACUUAUGGGCAAGAUCCAUGUUGACGGUCUGCUAGACAACAUCGCUACCUACGGUCAGAAUCUAGAGCGUCUCGAGAUGUCGUGGGAUCCUGAGUCUCUUCGUUUCUCCGACAAGAGUCAGAAGGCCAUCGACACCAUGCGUGUAAAGUGUCUCAGGCUUAAGUGUCUUGUUCUAGCUGACGGCAAGUACUAUGAGAUCGUCAAGGCCAACUUUGAACGUGCUGACCGUACCACUGUGGUCCGCACCUCCACCAACUGCUGCGUCUCCAUUGUUUAUCUUCUCUCCCACUACAAGGACCUCAUCUUUAAUUAACAUCCGGAACCUAUACGACAAGACACUACCAUAAGUAACACAAGAAGAUCGAAGGCAUAGAGAAGCACAAAAAUAAUGAAGUAUAGACAAAAUGGAAUGAAACGAGAAGAAUUAUAUAAAAAUAACAAUGACACGAGAAGAAUUAUAUAAAAGUAACAAUGAAACGAUAAUAAAUAAUACAAAUAAUAGAAGCAAAA